UUAAAUUCGUUAACAAAUUUUAAUUAUUCAACGAAUUCAUUAGCAUUACUUAUACAAUAAAGCAAUUUUGGGUAUAGUUUUUUACAUCAUUGCAUCAGAUUUUUUAAAACAUAACAUAAUCUACCUCAACUUAAAUUGAAUUAAGCUUGUUUUAAUAAUUAAAUAUUAAAUCUGUGAUAAAGACAAUCAUCUUGUGUCUUUUAUACAAGGCUAGCCAGCUGCGUCAUUCUUGGUAGUGUGACUGGUUUGCAAGCAUACUACUAAUUCUAGACGUUAAGUAGUAGUGAGACUUGCUACCUUUUCUCAAUUUACUGGUCACACAUCGCAGGAAUGGACUCAUCAGGCUCGCCUGUACCGGAUGCAAUCCACUUGCUCCUUGAACAAUUGCAAGAGGCUCUUGUACUGGAGAUCAAGUACCAGCCCAAUCUUCAAUUACCUGUUACUACUCAAAAUGAUGAGAUUACAAUUGGUGCCAGAGAUGGCUCAGCACAUGUUCUAAGGUGCCUCAAAGUUUGGUAUGAUUUGCCAUCGGAUGUAUUUUUCAUUGCAAUUAACUUGAUGGACCGUUUUCUCACCAAAAUGAAAGCUCGACCAAAGCAUAUGGCCUGUAUUAGUGUUUCAUCUUUCCACAUAGCUGCCGUCCAAAUGGCUCAAUCACUUGAUGCCGAUCAUCUCGUAUCCAUUUCUCAAUGUAAAUGUACUGGUGGUGAUCUUAAACGUAUGUCGGAGUUAAUUCGCAAUAAAUUGGAGUGGGCACCUGGUACAACACCUAUUACAGCACUUACUUUUCUUCGUUUAUUUAACGUCAUGUUCCAUACUGCAGCAUCUCAAUUAGGGCUGGGUGAUCUCUACAUCAGCAUUGCUACGGAAUCAGAAUUACUUUUGAGGUUAGAAAUGAUAGCAUGUGACGGGAUUUGUGCAAGUUUAAGACCUUCUAUCGUAGCAUUAGUUCUUCUUUGCACAUAUUUGGAUUCCGCAGUCAACCGUUUGGAAUCCAAUGUUGAUUCUACAUCUAUGUCUAGUUCUGGAUCAGCUAUAGAUUCAACAUCUGCUCCUGCUCAUCAGAUGCUGAGACUUGUAGAAUUCGCUGGUGAGCUUCGGAAAAUGUGCAAGAUUUCUGAUGAAGAUUUUUACUCUACACAUAAAUCUGUCAGCGCAAUACUAAGCAAAUAUAACGCACAAGAACAAACACCUCAUCGGCAAAGACUUGUAUGGCGGCUAUCAUCUCGAACUGCUCGGUUGCUUCGUCCGACUGAUAAGUUUACAUCAGUUCUUCCAGUUAUUGCUGAACAUACACCUGUACCAUCACCCAGCCGCAUUAGAAAAAAUCGUAAAUUUGGACGUCGACAUCCCAACAAAAGGCGUUAAAAAAUUUUUCUAUAGUCGAAAAGAAGAAGGUAAAUGAUAUUGAAUUGUAAUUUUAUUGGAGUGUUUAUUGUUGUGUGUUUGUGUUUGAUCUGAAGAAUUGGAAAAAAUUGUAGAUGUUCUUUUGAAUAUUUUUUCUGCUAUUUAUUUCAUCAUUAUUGAUUUUAAGACAUAGAAAAAAAACAACCAAUACAGCGGUAAAGACAGAAAAUCAAUAAUAAAACGAAUUCGGAUGUUAUAUAAUGUAUCAACAAGAGCUGUGACUUUGGAAAACAAAUUAAAAAUUAAAUUAAAAAAAUUUUUGCUGAAACAUUAUAUAAAAUUAAUGUGAUACAAAUACAACAGUGGUUUAAAUGACGUAGAUUGUCCACUGUUACAGAAUUUAGGUAUAUUAUAUCUAAAUAUUUAAUUAUUAACUAAUAAAUAAAUACUACUAUUUACAAAAUGAAUAAAAAAACAAAUAAAGUAAAAAUGCAAAUAAAAAAAAAUGCAAAAUCGUAUAUCUCAAGUAAAUCGAAUGUUGAAAGUUAAGUAAAUACUUUUUUGUAUAGUGUAAGGACUAAAUGUAUGAAUGUUUUAUUGUGUUGAUAUCAUCGUCCAAAUAAUAUCUAUAAGUUUAUCAUUCGAAAAAUGGUUAUUAGAAAGUAAUAGAAAAUGUAAGUAGAGGUGCUGUUGUAUCACACAUCGCCAAAAAAAAACCUGAAAUGUCGAUAUGAACAUGAAAGAGUAUGAGUUCUAAUGAAUGUUUGGUGAAUCUUCAAAUGCGUGAAAAUAUCAAAAAGUGUAGAAUACUUUAUUACAUAAAAUAAAUAGCUUUUCUAAAGCUGUAAAUUAAAAUUAAAUUUAUCUUAACAAUUGUUGGUGAUAAAAAUGAAAUCGAAUUAAUAAUUUUUAAAAUUUAUUCACGCAUUUGAAUUAAUAAACUUUAUGUAAAUAAUAAAUAAUUUAAGAUAAGUAGUUUUUAUUAAGUUAACACAACAGUUUUGCUGCUAUGUUUGUUCAUUUAAGUUUAAAUAAUUAUUUAUUAAUAUGUCGUAUGGUUUAUUAUAGUUGUUAAAAUAAAAUGUCACUCCUAAGAAAUUAGAAAAUUCAUUUUAAUAAUGUUUACAAUAAUACUGUUGAAAAAAAAAAUGCUAAAAGUCUUGUGUUAACUUAAUAAUAAACUUAAAUAAAUUUAUAAUCGAUUGAAGGAUGAUUAAAAAUACAAAUUGAACGCUGGCCUAGAUUAAGAAUAAUUAUACAGUUCUCCAUCCACACUAUUGCAGUCUAAUCCUGAGUUUUGUUAUUAGUUUAUCAGCACAUUUUUUUUGAUAAUGCGUCCAUAUCACUAAAAGCGUUCAUUUUGCGUUCAAAUGUAUUGAUUUAAUGUGAUAGUCUGGAUUGGCAUCGAUACAAUGAUGAGUAGAGCAUAAGAAAUGAUUGAAAUUUAAACGGUAGCCAGUUUGUGCUAGUCACAAAAUAAUUUUAAUUCCAUUUAAUAUUCAACACAAAUUGAUCUUUUUUAUUUCAAUAAAUUAUUAGAUCUAUUAGAACUUAUUUAUUAAAAAAAAAAAAAGAAAACAAUGAAAUUUUUUUUUCAUAAUUGAAAGAGAGCUUAUCAUUAACAAACAAUCUUAACGACUGUUAACGUUUGAAAGUCGUUUCUUCUAUAUACAAGUAAAAAGAUGUAAUAAGCUAAUGAGAUUGUAAUAAAAACAUUCUUGAGGUAAUUUUACAUAUCUCAGGGUUAUAGAGGAGAGCUGUGAAACACUUUUUGAGACGAUAAAAUGUAAAUUAUAACAUAAAAAUAAUAUGAAUAAUUAUUUGCAUUUUUACUGCAUUCAAUUGAUAUAAUAACAUUCAAAUAAUAAUUUUUCAUAUUAUUAUAAUGUUAAAUAAUUUUGAGAGUAACAAGAACUUAUUUAUUUGCAUAUUAUUAUUAUAAAAGUUAUGCAAAUAAUAUUAUUAAAGUCUCGUUUCACAUUGUUUUAGAAGUGUUAUAUACAAAAUUAAUAGACUUUUCUGUUAUUAUUAUUUUUUUAAUGAAAAUUGUAUUUUUUCGGAUAUUUCGAAAUUAUUUUAUUUUAAAAAUUUUUGUGAAUUAUCAUGAAAUACAUAAUGACUUUGAAAAUAAUUUGAGUUUUAUAAAAAGACUAAUUGGCUGUAUUUAUUUGUUUUUUGUAUAAAAAAUUAAAAUCAUUGCACUCUUUUCGUAUGACUGUAAUAAAUUAAAUUUCGAGCAUAUCUUGAGUUAAUAUACAGUAUUCUAUAAAAAACAAAAUAGACCAGUAUCAUUGAUAUAAAUUUUUUAUUAUGAGUUUUUGAUUAAAAUUGUUAAAGUAUUUGAGGACAAUGAUGACAAAAGUUCUGAUGAUUAAUUAAUUGAUAUAUCAGUUAAUAAAAAAUGACAUAUUAAUGUAUUUUUUUUUUAUAAUCUUACCACAAAAGAAUGAAUUAAUCUUGUUAAGGUAGUUAUCUCUCGAGAACUCGUAUGAAAUUUUAUUUCGCCUCAGCCAAAUCGAAUUAACUAUAAAUGAAAAAAAAAUAUAUCUUCAUUUCUAGAAAUCACAUCUUUUUUGUUCAGAAAAAAAAUAUUCAUUUAUUGUUAUUCUAUAAAAAUAAUGCGGUUUAAAAGAAAUUGUUAAGUAAUUGCUCUCGCGAGAUAACGACCUUAAAGCUUUUUUAUUUUUCAAAAUUAUCGUAAAUAAAUCGUUUUAAUGAGUAUCAAUUUUAAUAUUACUGUCAGAAGUACAAAAUAAUUUGAAUACAUUAGUAAUGGAGUACCGAAUAGUUUAUAUUUGCCUUCCCUUUAAUGAAGGAUAAUAGAUCUCAGCCAUUAUUAUUCCACUAUAUUGAUCAUUAGUAUAUAUUUUCUCUGAAAUUUUUCACGAAAAUGCAUUUUUUGCUUCCAAAUGAAUAAACCUAAAAAAUUGACACUGAUAUUAUAUAAGCUGAUGAGCAACUGAUGAACAUCUUAAACAUUAAAUAAAACGAAAUCAAUCAAUUUAUAGAACUAAAUAUACUUAUUCGUAAUUAAUUAGAUGUUUCAUUAAUUAACUAUUUCUUCCAAAUGUAGUUUUUCUUUAUUAAGCAUUGAUACAAAAAAGAAAUAAAACAAUAUUUUGAUAAGAAAGUACUGGCAUUUUUGAACAUUUUAAAUUAAUAAUAACUUACAAAAAAAAAAAAAGACAAAAAUACAAUAAUCAAACAAUCGGUAUAAUAACAUAGAAUUAAAUUAUAAUCUUUCAUCUACCUGACUAUUUAUCCGAUGCACAAAAAGAUUUUGUAUUCAAGCGAAUUCGAACACGUAUCAUAUGAGAUGUUUCAUUAGAUGAAAAGAUUAAUAAAUAAUCAUUAUAAUUGUUAAAAAAAUUAUACCGAGUACUGAAUUAUUUAUAAAUCUAUCAAUUGAUGAUAAUAAUAACAAUAAUAUUAAUAUUAUUAAUAAAUGAAAACACGAAUGGUGAAUAGAGUAUAUUUAAAUUUAGUAUGAAGUAAUCUCUAUUGUCAAUAAACGAACGAAACAAUCAUUUUGAAAAGUUAAUUGAUAUGUUAGAAAAGUAAGUAGAUGUUGAUUUUAAAAAUGACAAAAAAAAUCAUUCAGAUAAUAUUUUUUGCUAGUUUGCAAAAUAGCUUAUGAAUAUAUAAGUGAAUUUUGGAAAGUUUAUUAAAAUAUUAGCUGAAUGACUAAAUCCAAAAAAAAAACCUUCCAUGUUAGCCUCAAGCCAAAUUAUGUUAUAAUUGGAUAUGUUUGAUGAUUAAGUGUAUAUUGAUAUUUAUUGAUAUUGUGUAAGUAAUUAUUUUAAAUUAAAUGAAACAUACAUUUAUCUAUCUUCCAUUGGAUUUCGACUGUAAAAUAUAUAAAAAGUCAACUUGUUUAUACGCAAACUUUUACAUUUGUGGAAUAAAAUAAGUUAGGGCUUUUACUGAAUGGUUUAAUUAUUUUACUUACCUACCUUUAUUUAUUAUUAUUACUACCAUGAAAUUUUAUUUG